GCCCCAUUAGCCGAACUUCAUGGCUCAUAUUCACAGCCUCAUUGUCCAGGUGUCUCACCGCCAAGUCCGGGACAGACCACAAACACCUCGUCCUCACUUUCCAUCAGCAACGGCAGCUGUGAAUGUCCAAACACUCUCCUUCUCAAAUGCCCCAUCUUCUUCGUCUCGUCCACGUUCUCGAUGCCCGCAAACACCUCGUCCCUCGUCCCUUCUCUCCACCAAAACCCUUUCCCGUCAUCACCAUCACCGCCGCCGCCCUUCCCGCGCACCGAGAUCUUGUAUCUCCUCCCGGCAACCAUGCUCUGCACUCUAGGCCGUGCAUAGCCCGGAUCUCCAGCUUUUGGUCGCCCCCUUUUCUGCUCUUCCGUAAGCGGGUAAGGGAGUUUGACUUCGCGCAUGACACUGUCUCCUGGAUACAGCGUGAGAAAUUGCUCAUCAGUAGGCCUGAUCCGCUGCCCUUGCGGAUGGGUGCACCGGACUUGCUCGACCAGGUCCUCCCCCGAAGUGGUGUCGAUGAUGCGGAAGUUGCUCAGGUGUGGGAUCCUGCCGAAUAUCGGGCUCGAUAUGUCAGGGACGAUGGGCCUAGGCUUGAGCUUUUCCGAGGCGGACAGCUUGUGGCGGGUGAGGUGGCAUUGGGAGCCGUAGAGCUGGACCGUGAUGGGCUUGCCUGGCACCGGCGGGUUUGACGGCGGCGGAUUCGGGUAAGUCGUCGUUACGCGGAGAUCGUAGUUUAUGUCCUGGUCCGUGGCCGGCUGUGCAUCAUGCUCGUCAUGCUGCUUGGUAUCGUGGCUGUGUGAAGGCUGUGGAACAGGCCUCGCGACAAGUGAGAGCCUCACCUGCAGCACUGGCGGGAUGGGCAGUCUUUCCACUACGCGGAAGCGUAUCGCACCCGAGUUCAGCUGUGAGAAGACAAGACCUCUUGUUAUGGGCUUUGGUGGAGGG